AUGGAAAAAUAUUAUUUGUUCUUCCGUGUCCGUUUGGUGCUUCCAAAAUUUUCUUGUGACAAAAGAAAAGAAAGCAUCGUUCCUUCUUCUGUUCUGUGCGAAACAAACUGUCUGACGCGCACAGAAAAUUACGAAAAAACAAAUAUAUCCUUCCCCUGGACUUCGUCACCUCCCCGCCACCGUCGCUGCUGCAGCUACUCUCUGUACACACCUAUCACUGGUUUAACACACAGAUUGCUACGUACCAGAAGAAUAAGAAUAAGAAACGACAAGAAUCUAUUUUAUCUGUUAAGUUUAAAAAAGUUUUGUGAUGUAAUUUAUAUAAUAAUACCAAUAUAUUCACUGUAUAUCAUCCAUACCACAAGCAUUGUAUUAUUAUUGGCUUUUCACUUGCAUAAUGAACGUUCACACUAUUGUUCUUUUAAACUAAACGCACUGGUUCAAUUUCUAUUUCUGUUGAACGAGAGUUAA